CCUCUCUAGGGUUUUGACAGAGCAAAAUGGCGAUGGCGUUCUUGGGCCGAACCCUAAUGUCAAAUACCACCAUCUCACUCUCCACUAUCUUCUCUCGUUCUUUCUCUUCCUCCUCUCAUCUCUAUCGCUCUUCUCCUCUCCUCCGCUUCCGCCUCCUCGCCGCCCUACCGGGCCUCCGACUUUAUCCGCCGGCUUCCGGCCUCCGAUGCUUCUCGACCCGACCGACGACGUCCUCGUUGAACGACCCCUCGCCGAACUGGAGCAACCGUCCGCCGAAGGAGACUAUUUUAUUGGAAGGCUGCGAUUUCGAGCACUGGCUCAUCGUCAUGGAGCCGCCUGAGGGGAACCCUACAAGAGACGAGAUUAUCGAUAGCUACAUUAAGACGCUAGCCCAGGUCCUUGGAAGUGAAGAAGAAGCAAAAAAGUCAAUUUACUCAGUAUCAACUAGGCACUACUUUGCUUUCGGAUGCCUUGUCUCGGAGGAACUUUCUUACAAGAUUAAGCCUUUGCCAAGAGUUCGGUGGGUUCUUCCUGAUUCUUACUUGGAUGUCAAGAAUAAAGAUUAUGGAGGGGAACCUUUCAUAGAUGGAAAAGCUGUUCCAUAUGAUCCUAAAUACCAUGAGGAAUGGGUUCGAAACAAUGCACGUGCAAACGAGAGGUCUAGGCGCAAUGAUAGGCCUCGCAAUUUCGAUCGAUCAAGGAACUUUGAGAGAAGAAGAGAGAAUAUGCAGAACCGUGAUUUUCAGAGCAGAGAUGCACCUCCAAUGCCCAAUCGGGAUUUCCAGAACCGGGACGUGCAGAGCUCAAUGCCUCCUAGAGAGAAUGUUGCCGGGGGCAUGCCUAAUAGGGAUGCUGGACCGGGUGGAGGAUACUCAAACAUGCCCAACAACAGUGGACCAGGUGGAGGAUACUCAAACAUGCCCAACAACAGCGGACCAGGUGGAGGAUACUCAAACAUGCCUAACAGUGGUGCUCCAGGUGGAGGAUACUCAAACAUGCCCAACAGCGGUGCUCCGGGUGGAGGAUACUCAAACAUGCCCAACAGUGGUAGUCCAGGUGGGGGAUACUCAAACAUGCCCAACAGCGGCGGGCCUAGCGGGGGGUAUUCUAACAUGCCCAACAGCGGUGGGCCAAGCGGGGGAUAUUCGAACGUGCCUAACAGUGGCCCUGGAUAUAUGCCUAAUAGGGAUUUUCAACAAAGCAGGGAGAUACCAAACAAAGAGUACCAGAACAACUACACGCCAAACAGAGAUGCGGGAAACAUUCCAAGUGGCAAUGCUUAUCAGGGAAGAGAUACGCCAGGGAGAGAUUUGCCCCCAAUGCAAAACAGAGACUAUCAGUAGGUCUGAUAUGGGGAGCAUGCUGAGUGAUAGUGUGCUUAUCAAGUAAGUUGUUUUUGUGAAGAGUAGUAUUGGAUGUUGGUUAUAUCCCAAUGAGUUUUUUCAAACCCUUUUGUUGCAACAGUUUACAUACUCCUGAUAAAACUAUUAUCUAAGAGAUUUUGCUAAUUCCACAUGCGCGCAUGUGUCAUAAUGUGAUGCGUUUGAUGUA